AUGGGAGAAAUUAUUAAAUAUAAAGGAUUUGAUCAUGUAUGGCAAUACUCUGGACCAUGGUUAUAUUGCUUAAUUGGGAUCUAUAUUAGCUUGCCAGUCUUAGCUUACCAUAUAUUACCAUGGAUAUUUCAUAAAAACAGAUCAAACAAACGAAAAACAAUAUCAAUUUUUGUGCUAGGAGACUUGGGCCACUCACCUAGAAUGUGUUAUCAUGCGUCGUCAUUCAGUAAGUUGGAUUACUAUGUCAAUUUGUGUGGUUAUGUUGAAACAGAGCCAUCACACCAAAUUGUGGAUGAUGUAAACAUUGAUAUUAUUCCAAUAGAGGCAAUCAAAAACACUAACAAUUUGCCAUAUAUUAUGUUUGCGAUCCUCAAAGUUGUUCGACAAUGCGGGAAAAUUUGGAGUAUAUUAUGGGAUACCAGAGGAUCAGAUUACAUUAUGAUACAGAACCCACCUAGUAUUCCCAUACUAUUGAUUGUGAUUUUAUUCAAAACAGUUUUCAGUAGAGAAACAAAGCUAAUUAUUGAUUGGCACAAUUUGAAUUAUACAAUUUUGAAUUUGAGAUACAAUAAUUUAAACCACCCGUUUGUGAAAUUGGUGAAGCUUUAUGAAAAGAUUUUGGGCCAAUUUGCCAAUCUCAAUAUAACUGUUACGAAAAGCAUGAAAAAGUAUCUAGUCAAAGAAUUUGGAUUUCAAAAGUCAAAAAUUGUUACAUUGUACGAUAGACCGGGUGUACAAUUCCAACCUUUGUCGAAUAAGAGAGAGUUUAUGUCAGAACACAAGUUGUUUGAAGACAUUGACAUUGAAAAAUAUAAGGUGUUGAUCAGCUCAACUUCAUUUACUCCUGAUGAAGACUUUAAUAUCUUGCUAGAUGCAUUGAAAAAUUAUGAAAAUACACCAAACACGCCACCAAUACUAUUAAUUGUUACUGGAAAGGGACCCUUAAAAGGUAAAUUUUUGGAGACGGUAGAUAAGUUAGAGUUUACAAACAAAGUUUGCGUGAAAAGUGCAUGGUUAAGUUCAGAGGACUAUCCUAAAGUACUAGCAUGUGCCGAUUUGGGCAUUUCCUUGCACACUUCAUCCAGUGGCAUAGAUUUACCAAUGAAAAUUGUUGAUUUUUUCGGCUGUGGCGUACCUGUUGUAUCACUUGAUUUCCCAGCCAUAGAUGAAUUGGUGAAAAACAAAGUUAAUGGACUAAUCACAAACAGCAAAUCAGAUCAAACAAAGGAAGUGGCUCGCUUGGUCACUGAAGUGUUCACCGAUGAUGCCUUGUUAAGAUCAAUAAAGGAAGGGGCUUUAGAGGAGAGUAAUUCCAGAUGGGAUGAGAACUGGAUGCAAACUUUUAGUUCUAUAUUUGAAAAUAAAUCUUAA